AUGGCACCCGGCGCUAUAGUACAAGAUCUCCCCACCGAAAAGGUGACCAUCAAGCCAUGGACCCGUCCCACACCUACAAAAGAAAAGCUUGACUGGGCUCCACUAGUUGAAAUCGAUCUAUCUCGCUUCGACCAGCCGGGCGGGAAACAAGAGCUCGCAAAGCAACUAUACGACGCCGUGACCCGAGUCGGAUUUUGGGUAGUGGUAGGCCACGGGCUAAGCGACGAGCGAGUUCUACGCCAGUUCAGUAUCGGCAAUGCGUUUUUCAAAGAACCGCUCGAGGAGAAGCAGAGUUUCCCUUGCAAUUUUGCCGAGGGUGAGUAUUUCGGGUACCGAGGGAACGAGAGGUGGAUUGGGGAUACCGGUGUGAAGGAUAAUGUAGAAAUGCUCAACGUCCCCAAGCCAAUUCCCGAAUGGGAUGAUGUCCCCAGACAUCGACUGGUCCGCCAAAAUUACGAAGAAAUCGCACAAUUCCACCGCGAUCUGUACGAAAACGUUAUCCGGAAACUCUUCGUUCUCAUGGCGAUUAUCCUGGAAUUGCCGGAGAACUACCUCGUCGACGCCCAUGCAUACGACAAGCGGUCCGAUGACCACCUGCGAUACAUGAUCUACAACACUCGCACACAAGAAGAAUGGGAUAAGGCACAGGGGUAUACUAAGGGCGGACACACCGAUUUUGGCAGCUUAACGCUGCUGUUUUCGCAGCAUAUUGCUGGUCUGCAGAUUCGGACGUCGGAUGGGGAAUGGAAAUACGUGAAGCCUGUUGAUGGGGGAAUAACCUGCAAUGCAGCGGACACUUUAUCGUUCCUCACUAAUGGGUUUAUCAAAUCGACUAUCCAUCGCGUUGUCACACCUCCCAAGGAUCAGAUCGAUGUUCCUCGUCUUGGGUUGCUGUACUUCUGUAGGCCUGGUGAUCAUACUGUGAUGAAGACGGUGCCUUCGCCUUUGCUUGACCGUCUUGGUUUGCUUAGUGAUGAGGAUAAAGAUCAGAGUAAGCCUGCUGCGACGGGGACUGAGUACGUUCGAGCGAGAGUUCGCGAUGUUCAUCAUCGGACUGUUAUUGAUCGUCGAGAGAACACUUCGUUCGAGUUUAAGGGUUUGAAGGUGCCGAAUUAUUAUCAGUAG